UUACUAAAUAGAUGGCACCACUACAUCUAAAAUACGGCGCCACAGUUUUGUUUCAUAUUGUUUGUUGACACGUUGAGAAGUACAGGUUUAUAACAAAAUGGGUAAAACGAAAGAUGUAAGUUCGGAUGAAGAAAGGACUUUAGAAACUAGUGAAGUAUCUCCACAAAAGAGACAUAAAAAGCAUAAACAUAAAAAGCACAAAAAAAGGAAAGUUACUCACAAUGAUAAUGAUGGCUUUAAUGAUGUUGCUACAGAAACAGAAAAAAAGAAGACGUUUCGAGUUAAAAUAAAAAAAGAUGAUGAAAAAGGUUUAGAAAAACCUCGUGAGAAAAUACAAAAAACAUCUAAUCUUAGCAUCGCAGGUGCAAGCACUGUGCUAUCACCAAAGACUGCAACAAAGAAAAAGGUUCCAAAAAGUAGUAAAGGUAAAGAUAGUGGCACUAGUAGCGAAGAAGAACGAUGGCUUGAUGCAAUUGAAUCUGGAAAACUUGAAGAAGUGGAUGAUGAGCUAAAAAAGAUUAAACCAAAGGAUCCAAAAUUAAUGACAGCACGUCAAAGAGCUAUGUUUGAAAGAAAGACUGAUACAGAACCAAAUCCAGCUGUUGAACAACUUAUGUCUUUACCAACUGGAUACAAAGAAAAGGUUAUGACAGCUGAAGCUAUACAGAAAGCUGCUCUUAAAUCCUUGAAAAGGAAACAACUUGCUGAUGAGAAAAGAGAAAAAGAUAAAAAAAAGACAAUGGAAAGAUUACUGAAAAAGCAAGAAUCUAAGGCUUCUAAAAUUAUUGGUAAAGGAAAACCUUGUAGAAGGCAAGUUCCCUUGGUUACAUACCGUUUAACACUUGAAGGAAGUUCAAUAUCUUUACCUCCUGGAGAAGAUUUUCCAUUACAGCCUACAGAGGAAAAGGAACCACCCAUACGAGCUCUUUGUGGUGUAAAUCAGUGUAAAAAGCCCAAAAAAUAUUCAUGCUCAAAAACGGGUGUACCAUUAUGCAGUUUAGAAUGUUACAAAAUUAAUUUAGCUCUAUCUGUAUAAUUAGUUAAUAUUUGAACUUGUCUGUGUUAGUGUAUAUACAUCACACUACAUUUUUUAAUAUACAUCAUUAUUGAACAGUUUUACAAAGAAGAUAAAUAUAAAUAGUGUAAAAUACGAAAUAUAUAUUAUAUUUAAAAGAAAUUAGAUUUUUACAAGAUGAGAUUACAAGAUCAUUUACAAGAUUAGAUUUUACUUUUUUUAGAUUUUAGACUACAAUUGUUAAUAUUACGACUAAUUUGUAAAUAUUUUGUACAUAUCAUUAUGUAACUUUCAUUGUAGUAUUUCGAAUAUGAGUAUUUAGAAAAUGAGUUUAUGUACAUAAUUGGAAUAUAUAAAGCAGAGAAAAAAAUA